GUUUGUAUUAUUAUGUAGAAUAAUUUGGUAUGUAAAUAAGGUUCGUGCGUAAAUAAGCAUUUAUUUGCCAGUAGUAUUUACAUAUUAAUUUAAAUGUGUAUGAACAUGUAAGCUCGGUGACCUAAUACAGGCAUUUCACUCGACCUCACGCUGCCGCCCCAAGGCGCUGCGCAGUGGUGCUCCUUAGUUCCGAACGAACCGCCCGCCUGCACGACGACCGCGCACGUUACACCAAUACCGCCAAAUAAAUAACUCUCAGUGCGUAAUCCAUAUUUUGAUUAAAUACUGCGUUAUCAAAUAAUAUUUUAUAAUUUGUGUUGAUUAUGAAUGAGCACGUCACUCGCAGGUCAGCCACAAUCUUAUCAUUUUGCUGUUUAAAUGUUUGUGCUUUGAUCCAGUGAAGUCAGUUAACUUGAAGCAAGUUGUGAACGUACAUUAUUUCGAAGAGUGCACAUUAAUUCGAUAAAAAAUAUAUUUUACAGUACUUAUAGUGUUUUGUGAUUAAUUUAUUAGAACAAGUAUUUGUGUUUAGUGUUUAUAUUAAGUGAUUAAGAUGCCUAUUCGUCGCAGUCAGUCGUUGGUAAAAUGGAUCAUCGAGAAUCAACACAAGUUCCAGACGGUACGUUAUUGCAGUUCUUCACUCCGCUACAAAGAAUUGGAAGAGAAUGCGGCGCAAGCACAGCCCGAACACGUGGCGCCCUCUACGGCCGCGCCCGCUGAGAAGCCCCGCCCACAAAUUACGCCUGAAAUCUCGUUCAAGCAUGAAGAUUUACAAGUGAGGCUCGCAGCUCCUUACCAACUGAACCCAAAACCUGAAGUUACGGAUCUUGGUUUUGGAAAAUUCUUCACGGAUCACAUGCUCAAAAUAAACUACUUCAAACAGCUAGGAGGAUGGCAGAAACCAGAAAUUAUGCCGUUUGAAAACUUAAGCAUUCACCCAGCUGCGAAAGCUCUACAUUAUGCGAUACAACUAUUUGAAGGACUAAAAGCGUACAGGGGGGUCGAUGAUAAGAUACGAUUGUUUCGACCGGACUUGAAUAUGGAGAGGAUGAAUUUAGCGGCGCAGAGGUCCGGCCUACCAACCUUCGAUGGAGAUGAGCUCAUCAAGUGCAUAACUAGGCUAGUGCAAAUCGACCAGGAGUGGGUCCCUCACUCAGAAACUUCCACUCUAUACAUACGACCCACGUUAAUAGGAACUGAGCCCACGUUUGGUAUAAUGGCCCCCGAAACUGCGUUGUUGUUCGCCAUCCUUAGUCCAGUGAGUGCGUACUACAAGACUGGUAGCGACGGAGCCGUAUCCAUAUACGCGGAUCCAAAUGUAGUGCGGGCCUUCCCCGGAGGAGUCGGCAACCGAAAAGUUGGCUCUAAUUAUGGACCCACGAUCGAGGCCACAGCUCGCGCAGCUAAACUGGGUCACCAUCAAGUAUUGUGGCUGUUCGGACCGAACCACGAGCUUACUGAAGUCGGUGCGAUGAACAUAUUCAUAGUUUACGUCAAUGAACAAGGAGAUAAACAGUUAAGUACUCCGCCAUUGAAUGGUCUCAUCUUGCCUGGAGUGACCCGUCGCUCUAUCAUAGAGCUAGCCAGCCAGUGGGAAGAUAUAGUCGUCAAGGAAGAGGUUAUUACCAUGGACAGGGUGAUCGAACUGAACAAAAAAGGACGGUUGUUGGAGAUGUUCGGUGCCGGCACGGCUGUAGUGAUCAGCCCCAUCAGUAGGGUGGGCUUCCUGGACCACGAGAUCCGCGUGCCCACCAUGUCGCAGGCGCAGCCCGUGUACCAGCGCGUGAAGGACACGCUGCUGGCCAUCCAGUACGGCCACAUAGAGCACCCGUACGCCAAGGUCAUCUCGUAGUGCCGGCCGCGGCUCGGGCUGCCCUGCGACCCGACACUGACUAUUUGCUAGUACGUCGCUAGCCGACGAGUUAUGUGAAUAUACACAUCGAAAACUGUUCUGUGCUGAGAAAUAAUCAGAAAACUUUCUGUGCCUAAAUGUGUGGACGAUAAAUUAUAUUAUUUAAAUGAUAACGUUUAUUGAUAAGUUAAGGUUACAUUGAGCAGAGAAGCGGACGAUGUGUAAAUGCUGCGCAUUUGGAAGCACAAGAACUCGCCUAAUUAUACUGUUAUCGUUAGCGCUAUCAGUGUGUACGUGUUUAUUUUAUUUAUUUAUUCACUAUCUACUAUCUUCGGGAGGACGUCAAGUAAUUGGUAUUAUUUCACCCGGUCGGGCCAUCGGCCGAGUACGAAGUGAAGUAAACGCGGACAUUCUCUAACUUACAACAGUAAGUUGUAUGGUGCUACUGUAUACACUUAGGAAACGUAAGCCAUCCAAAUCAAAUUAUGACUGUAUUAAUUGUUGUUAUAAAAUAUUAAUGUUGGGUUAUACGAAGUUAGGAUUAUUGUAAAUAUUAUUUAGUUACAAAUAGUAAUAACUAGAUAAAGAAUGCCGUUUCACGUAAUCGAGUGAGUACUCUUAGAGUAAGCAAAAAAGACUUUAUUACUAAAAAUUAUAUACUUGUAAUAAAUCGUAACAAAUGACAUAUCUAUACCAUGACGCCGCAGUAACAGACUUGUAAAACGUGAUGUGAUAUUACUUGUAAUUAAUGUAAAGGCGAAGCUCACUCUGUAUAUAAUUAUUAUAAACGUUUUAAGUUUAGACCAAUGAACAAUGCUUACGUAAGUGACGUUUUGGCAAAUCAAAGUUGAUCUAUUUGUGGACUGAAGUAUUGUAUUUUCAAGAUUUUGUUCAGUUCAUUAAAUAUUGUAAUUGAUUUUGACCUUGAAAUGGAAGUAAUCUAGCUGAAAACGUGCAUUUUUCUAGUCUAAGGUACGAAUCUGUAUGAAUCCUUCAAUAUUUAUUAAUGCAAUAUAUUUUUUUUAAAUAAUAA